AAAAUCAGUGUAUUAAUGCUAUAAAUUUAUUUAUUUCCGCGUCAAAGUUAUUUUGAAACUUAUUCUUACGGCGAAUUGACUCCCGCGAAAAGCAACUCUUGCGCAUAUGUACAAAACCUAUAUAUGUACAUGUACAUAAUACACACAUGUGUAGUUGUGUUUUACAUUUCGUCGUAAAACAUGAAAAUUACACAAAUAAACGGGAAAUCAGACAAUAAAAAGUAUAAAGUGUUGAUUACGAGUGAAGUGAUACCAUGUGACAUCACAAUUAUCGACGAUGAAGAAUCCUACACUUUGCAUGUGGCUGUAGAUGAUGUCACGAAAUUUGCGAGACAAAUAGAUGAAACACUUGAAGUGUAUAGCAAGAUGUUCUUUCAAAUUGUGAAUGGGGAAACAAGAGGUAGUUUUAUUGAUAUUAAAAAUGAUGAAAUCAUUUUCCAUAAAACUAGAAAUGUCAAGUUAUUCUUUAAAAAAGCUGAAAAGGUGAAAUAUGCUAAAACAAUCCAAACAGUCUGUGAUCAUUUAUUCAGGGAGAAUUGUGAACAAAAUGAAACAAUUAAGAAGUUAAAUUUACUAAAUGAUGAAUUAAAAGAAGAAAUACAAAACCUACAAGAAAAACACGAAAAUGUUAUCGACAGUGCUAAUAAACAUGAAGAUCAUUUAUACGCCUGCUUCAUUCAAGUCCUAAAUGAAAAAAAGAAGUACAUUCAACUGUUGAAAAACCACAACAAGCAGUUUAAACAUACAAAUAACACAACUCCAAGUAAACCAGCUCAAAUCUCCGACUCCGAUUCAAAUGACUACGAUACCGAUUCGGAAAAACAAGCCGAAACUUUAGUGCCGCCGAGAAAACGCUUAAGAAAUGAUCACGACGCACCUAGUACCAGCAAUAGCACAACUACCACCAGUAAUAAAUCAUCUAAAAAGCAAUUAACUUCUAUGUUUGACUCUGAUGACACCACAGAUGAAGAGAUAUUCAGUACUGCAUUGCCACCAAGAGUUGAAAUCAAUAUUGAAGAUGAAGAAGUGUGUACAGAUGUACCUGAUGAAAGAAAUGAUAAAGAAACAUCACUUGAAAUAACAGAAAUUGCACAUAAAACACAAAAAGAAGAUAAAAACGACGCACCAAUAAAUGAAACGCCUGUGAUUACCUACAGUACACAGGACUUACUUGAUAACAUCUAAACAUCACCAUUAUUUGAUUCAAUUUAAUUUAAUUUUAACUACCACUUCAUUUUAUACCAUGUAAAACUUCAACAAUAUCCUUCAAUAAUAUCAUAGCAUAAAUACAAUGAUUACUUACA